CAGGAACUCCAAUUUAUGAUGAUUGCGUUGCCUAUCACGAGAAAGGGUGCUCUACGUAAGUAUAUUGUAGCUUUACUGUAUUGCAGUUUAUUAGCACCGUUGCUACUCGCACUCGUAUACUGUCGUCUAUACUGGUGCAUCUGUACAUGCAUGUAUAGGUAAUAGUAUGGUAUCGAGUAUCAAUUUGGAAAAAAAACACAAGCACGUGAACUAGUUUUUACCAAAUUCGGAAAAGUCCGAAAGAUGAGUGCAUUUUAGCGACUUUGAAAACGAGUGUACAGUAUAUAUAUAUAUAUAUAUAUAUAUAUAUAUAUAUAUAUAUAUAUAUAUAUAUAUAUAUAUAUAUAUAUAUAUAUAUAUAUAUAUAUAUAUACUUAGUGUAUACACUUGUAGUUAGAUAUUGCUCUAUGGCCUUUGUGUCACUGCUUGCAGUUUGAGCACUCUGGCAAUGGUUUGAUCACGGGCAAUAGGACAGGUGUAGUGCUAGUGUUGUUAAAUAGAAAGUUAGAAAUGGUAUUGUACUUACUCAUGUAUUAUAGUUAUGUUUAAAAAGAUCAGAAUAUUCAUAACUUCUUAUUUUGUUUCAUAAAUAGUUCUUUAAUAUUCGAAACAAAUUCCACUUCUGCUUCGAUCGUCUGCCAUCGCCAUGUUUUCUCGUCCAAAUCUACAUGCUGCACGGCAUUGCCGCCCCUCCUGGCAAAAUAAUAAGCAAGCGAGAAAAAUUAAGGAGAAAAUAAGAGGGUAGGAACAUCGUUGUCAUAAGCUGGAUGCAGUGACACUUCUAUAUAUGGCACAAACGUAUCCAUAACUUCCAUAUAUGGCACAAACGUAUCCUCGACGCGUUUUAUAACGUUUUAUUUGACGUAGGGAUGACGUAAUGCUGCUUCCCGCCUAUGACGAUUUGAAUUAGUCAUGUGAUACAAGAUAGCGAAAGCCGAUUCGCCCAGAACGAUGACACGCCCACGAAACGCCCACAAUGUUCCUACCCUCUUAUUUUCUCCUUAAUUUUUCUCGCUUGCUUAUUAUUUUGCCAGGAGGGGCGGCAAUGCCGUGCAGCAUGUAGAUUGGGAUGAGUAAACAUGGCGAUGGCAGACGAAGCAGAUGUGGAAUUUGUUUCGAAUAUUAAAGAACUAUUUAUGAAACAAAAUAAGAAGUUAUGAAUAUUCUGAUCUUUUAAACAUAAUUAUAAUACAUAAGUAAGUACAGUACCAUUUCUAACUUUCUAUUUAACAACACUAGCACUACACCUGUCCUAUUGCCCGUGAUUUGAUGUCCCACAUUCGUGAGACAUCAAAGGUAACUAUUUAUAGUGGUUAUUUUCAUCCUGCUCAUCAGCACUACACUGAUGAGGCCCUAAAAGGCCGAAACAGGACCAUAUAUAUAUAUAUAUAUAUAUAUAUAUAUAUAUAUAUAUAUAUAUAUAUAUAUAUAUAUAUAUAUAUAUAUAUAUAUAUAUCCCUGAUAAAACGUAGGCGAAUUUAUAUACCGGAUAUAAUAAAAAAUACUUUGCUAAACCUUUUCGGCUAUCACUCGUUUGCAUUCAAGGGGCGAGGCUGAAUGGCGAUAGAAUUAUAUAGAAGAGGCUGUGCAAUAUUUUUACUGUAUUAUGUUAAAUAAUCUUGCUUGACUUUUGUAUUUUGUUUGUUUAAUAAUACAUUUAUAAUAAUAAUAAUAAUAAUAAUAUUAAUAAUAAUAAUAAUAAUAAUAAUAAUUUUUUUAAUAAUAACAAUUUUAUUCAUAAUUUCAAUAUAUAAAAUCAUUUUAAAAAUUGUCUAAAUGUUUGUUGAUAUGCACAGUUAAAUUUUAAAAACAAUUAAACUCUGGAACAGUACCGCUACAUAAUUAAAAUAUUUACCGCUAAGUAGCUAAAUAACUAAAGUAACAUAUUCCGUUACAUAGCUAAACAACUAAACUUUGUAUAUGUACAAUGUAAAAUGUUUCAGAGAUAGCACUCUCGGCGUUCUCAAUGUUGAAAUCAAUGUUCUUAAUAUCAUACAUGAUUUUCCUUGCCCUUGAACCCCUCAAGCAGGUAAGGGCCGAUCUCAAUAAAGCGAAUGAGGUUCUGGCUCUUAUCCAACUCAUAGUUGUCGCAUAAUCUUCGCCUUUCUUUAUGGCUACCAACUCUGCUAAUCGACUAUGGUAUCUCACACAUUCUUCGCCCAUACCGCCUGUGGUGGUGAAUACGAGUGGCGUAAAUGUUCCUUUAUCUAUUUCGAGGACUCGCCUUGCAUAUAGGCGCUUCUUCUCGUUGUCGUGUAUCUUGUAGACUUGGCGUAGCUCCAGGUCCUUGUACGAAUCAGCAUUGGGGUGACAAACCCUUACAUCAAAAAAGGCUGAUCGUUGACUUCCCAGAACCCACGCGCACGAAUGUCGAGUCUAGCAUCAGGUGCUCUGUUGGAGCCUCCAUUUAGUUGCUCUCCUGAGAUGUCUUGUAGGACAGGCUCAACUUGGACGUCACUACAGACAAUGUUGAGGAGUUCCGCUUCCAGAUCUCUUAACACAUUGUGGCGCAUAAUUAAAAAGCCUCCACGUUUGCAGAUCAUGGCAUGGUCAACCGUGAAGGUAUCGCCACAUACACAUAUGGAGGGGAUGUCGUCGAUUGGCCAAUCAUAGCGCAGCUUAAUGGCGUCCCGAAAUUUUCUCUUAUUCAAGUUGAAUCCCUGUUCUUUUAGGGGAAGUGCUGUGAGCCACACAGAUGAUCCUUUUUCCGAAGCCACAUCUAAUAUACGCUGAAUUCUUGGUGGUGCACUCUCUCUAAUACGUUCUGCCCUCUCCUCCAAUUAUUAUUAUAAUAAUAAUAAUAAUAAUAAUAAUAAUAAUAAUAAUAAUAAUAAUGAAAACUUUAUUGAAUUUUUUACGUAUAUAUACAAUUGUAAAUCUCACUACUGACUUAGGUAAUUUACAAUUGGCUACAUGAAUCACAGAGUACUACAUAUAUGUACUAUUUACAGUAAAAACAAGAAUAAAAUGGGUAUAUAUAUAUGAUUAUAUAUAUUGUUAUAUAUAGUUAUUAAUUUAAAUGUUUAACAAUUCAGGGUUUGUCCACUCUUUGUUUCGACAGCAAAAAAUAUAGUAGGUCGCUCUAAUGGCAUAAGACGUCAUCUUUUUUAUGCAGUAAUGUUGCUGCUUUUUAUCCAUUCCUAUAGUGUCUAACAUUUCUAAAAAGGUGAAGCAUUCUUUGUCAAACACACCGAGAGAGCUCAUUGAUAGGUUUACAAAUUUAACAGAAUUAAAGUGACCCCUUUGAUCUUCAAUUAGAUCUUUGUAUUUAGCUUAAUAAUAAUAAUAAUAAUAAUAAUAAUAAUAAUAAUAAUAAUAAUAAUAAUAAUAAUAAUAAUAAUAAUAAUAAUAAUGAUAAUAAUAAUAAUAAUAAUAAUAAUUAUUGUGCUGCACAAGAACGAGCUCUAAGGACAAAUUAUGUAAAGUUUCACAUAGAUAGAACUGUCGAGUCUCCACUCUGUAGAUUUUGUGGGGAAAAGGGAGAUAACACACUUGAUAAGUGAAUGCAAAAAGCUAGCACACUUGAUAAGUGAAUGCAAAAAGCUAGCACAAAAAGAAUACAAACGAAGACAUGACAAUGUGGUUCGCAUUGUACACUGGAAGCUAUGUGGUUUGUACCAACUAGAGAAAGCUGAAAAAUGGUAUGAACACCAACCAAAUGGAGUAAUUGAAUCAGAUAAUGUAAAGAUUCUCUGGGAUUUUAACAUACAGUGCGAUCAUGUGAUUGAAUGUCGAAGACCUGAUAUUGUAGUGGUUUUAAAGAAGGAAAAGGAAUGCAAGAUCAUAGACAUCGCAGUUCCAGGGGAUUGUAGAAUUGGUAUAAAAGAAACAGAGAAGGUAGAAAAGUAUGAGGAGUUGAAAAGGGAAAUUCGGAAAAUAUGGGCAAUGAAAAAAGUAGAAGUCAUUCCAAUAGUAGUAGGUGCCUUAGGAGCAGUUAGUAAUAAACUGGAUAAGUGGAUUGAGAAAUUGGGAAUACAUAUAAGAAUAGAACUUCUACAAAAAACAGCAUUGUUAGGGACGGCAAGAAUACUGAGAAGAAGCUUGGAAAGCUAAAAUCUUUGGGACCUGAGGCUACUGGUUGUAGCCAGCUUCCAAGGAAAAACAUAGCCAGCAUAAGAACAAAGCUGUGAAAAACAUGUAAUAAUAAUAAUAAUAAUAAUAAUAAUAAUAAUAAUAAUAAUAAUAAUAAUAAUAAUAAUAAUAAUAAUAAUAAUAAUAAUAAUAAUAAUAAUAAUAAUAAUAAUAAUAAUAAUAAUAAUAAUAAUAAUAAUAAUAAUAAUAAUAAUAAUAAUAAUAAUAAUAAUAAUAAUAAUAAUAAUAAUAAUAAUAAUAAUAAUGGAAACUUUUUAUUAGAUAUUUACGAUAUAUUAUAUAUACAUUGAUAAACCUCACUUAAUAAAAGGUAGCUUAUCGAUGUCCACUUGAAUUGAAUAUAAAGCUAAAAUAUAUAUACAGGUGAAAAUCUUUUAAAUUUAGUUAAAAGUUUAAAAGUUCCGGGUUGUUCCAGUCUUUGUCCAUCUACAGAAUAUAUAAUAAGACGUGCGAAUACAAGUAGCAAUUAUUUUCUUUUUUUACAUAUUUAAUACAUUGUUCGUCGUACUUCAGAUCAUGGAGCAUAUCAAAUAAAGUAUUCGUCGAUUCACCAAAUACACCUAAAGAGCUUAUAGAUACAUUAACCAACUUAACUUCAUCAUAUAUAUUUUCUUGAUCGCUAAUUAGAGUCAAAUAUUUUCAUGUUUUCGAUUUGAGUUAGUUUUCAGGUUUGUUUCGAAUCCAACAGUUAAUUCCAGAAUGUACAAAAUCUUAUUUUCAAUUGUCAAUAGAAGGUCUGGUCGUAACUCGUCACCAGUGAUGACAGAUGGGCUAAUAAAUCCAGGCAGAUCUACAUACAUUUUGGACCUUCCGACGUCGAGAAGGCUGGACGCAAUGAGAUUCAAAACUGAAUCAUGUCGCCAUGUAUAUCUCCCUUUGUUUAGAUAUGUCUUAAAUCCAGAGAUUACGUGCAAAAGCGAUUCAGGGCAGAAGCAGAACGAACAGUCAGCAGAUGAUGACAGACCCCAUUUAACUAGGUUUUUCCUAGUAGGCAAAGAAUUGUUGAUGUAACGUAGACUGAAGUUAAAUAUGUUCUUAGGACGUUUUGAAUGAACCGAUGACCAUAGGGAAUUGAAUGCCAACGUGGAGUUUUUCACGAUGUUUGAGAAAAAAGAACCUUGUGACAUCAGAUUAUUUUGUAGUCGCUGUUCGUUUUUUUGUCUAAAUGCCUUCAAUACAUCUUUUGUGUUUGAGUAAAUGUCGUACUGAAUGUUCCUAUUGGUGCUUGUUAUUGACCAUAAUUCACGUAUGUUUUCAUUUAUCGAUGACUUUUAAAGCUGAGCGUGAGACAGUUUGGCACUGUAUAAACUUCGUUGAAGGUAGAAUGACAUUUAAACCAAAUUUGUUGUAAGGGAGAUAGACAUUGCCUACUUAGAGUUGCAGAUAUUGGCAGUUCGAGCCAUUUUCGUAUAUAUUUAGUAGCAAAAUCGUCCAAAGUCUCGCAAACCCAUGUUUGAGAUAUAUCAGUUAUUGUGAAGUCCCAUGAGAUUUUCGAGAGUAAGUAGCGACUGUAUAGCAGGAUUUUAUUUCGGGGGUGCAAAUGUAAUUCAUCUAUUUUAGAUAUGAUAUUAUUAAACAAGUCACAUAUAUCCGAUUGGUGUUUUUUAUCUGACAUGUUAAAAUUAAAAUAACGACCAAGGUAGCGGAAUAAUUCACCUGUUUCGGUACGGGGUAUACAAGUAGGUGGUUAAUAAACAAUUUAGGUUGAUAUUGAACAGAUUUAGAUGAGUGUUUUUUAAUACCGAACAUAGAGCACUUGUCAACACGUAUAAUCAUAUUGGCCCAUUGACACCAUACCGAGAAGCGAUUGAGUAGGAUUUGAUUAUCUAUUUCUUGGCUACUAAUGACAGCGGUGUCGUCUGCAAAUUGGAACCAAUUAAUUGGAUUACACGGAAUACCAGUUUUAUUAAAUUUCCAAAAACCAAGCUGCAGGAAUGAUUUAGAUUUAAUGUGUUGUACGAAGGUAUUAAAGGACAUAUUGAAAAGGAGUGGACUAAGGCAUGCAGUCACCUUGUAAAACGCCACGGCCGACGGUAAUGAAAGGGGUAGGCUACUGAAUUUUUCAGUUAUAAUAGAUGUUUGAAAAUUAGUAAAAAGACUUCCGAUUAGUUCAUUUAUAUGAUCGGGUAUAUGAUGAUAUUGAAGAACUUUGUAAAUAAGGUUGUGAUGUAGUUCACCGAAUGCUUUCUUCAGAUCGAGUAAAGUGAUUACAAGUGACCUUUGUUUUAUACGGGCUGUGUUGAUUAUGCCAAAGGUACAACAUCUAUCCGCCUGAAUAAUCAUAUUGGACCAUUGGCACCAAAUAGAGAACCGGUUUAAGAGGUGUUGAUUUUCCGAUUCUUGACUACCUAUGACCGCAGCAUCAUCAGCGAACUGGAACCAGUGGAUGGGAUUUAAAAACUGGAAGGAGAAACCAAAUUGGCGAUAUUUUUCAGCUUUUAUAUGUUGGAUAAAGGUGUUGAAACACAUAUUGAAGAGAAGAGGACUGAGACAAUCACCUUGCAGUACACCACGGCCAACUGUUAUGAAAGGGGAACGGAAUUCGGAAGUAAUUAUCGAAAUUUGAAAAUUAGUAUAUAAGCUUUCAACAAUCAAUUUAAUGUGUUCAGAGAUAUGAUGAUAAUCAAGUACGGAUGUCACGAGAUUAUGAUGAACUUCACUAAAACCAUUCUUGAGGUCAUGUAAGGUGAUGACAAGCGAGCGUUGUUUGAUACGAGCUUUGUUGAUAAUGUUGGCCAUUUUUCACUUCUUUAUGUUCAUUUUGAAAUCUUAAACAUUUUUGUAAAGCGGAAACGUUUUUGUUUGCCAAAGACACACCUCUGGUACCUCCCUGAGAGCUGUAGCAUAGCACCAAUGUUAAAGCGAACAAGAUGAAGUUUUGUUAGAGAUGCGCCGGUACAGUCAGUAUGUAAACAGAAGCUUUGUCUACAUGUCGGUAUCCAAAAUAUUGAAUUUUAUUUGACGACUAUGUUUAUUUUCAUGAUUCUAGGGUAUAAUAAAUUAUCAAGACACAACAAUUAAAGGUGAUCUACAGUGCGAUCUGUGCAUGUGCACAAAGGAGCCCACUUUUUAUGAUACAAACAGUUUAACUAUGUUUUGGGUUUUGAAAAGCCUGACUAUUGUUUCUUGAUCAUUUAUUAUACUCUAGAAGCUUGAAAAUAUAAAUAGUUGUCGAAUAAAGCUCAAUAUUUUGGACACAAAAAUGUAAACAAAGGCUUUGUUUACAUACGGACUGUAGAGCACCUUUAAGCUUUGGAAGACCAUAAAAUGAAAUAAAAGCCUAAAUAAACUGUUUGUAUAAUAAAAAGAGGGCUCCUUUGUGAACAUGCACAGACCGGAUUGUAGCGCAUCUUUAAAUAUAUUUUAUACGUUCAAACUUCAAAAUACUGCAGAAUUGUUAAAAAAAUGAAGACAUGUACAUUUAUAAAGAAUAAGAGACAACACAAGUAAGUUUAAACACAUUGUAGGUUUUACGAGUGAUUUGAAAUAGUCUUGGUGCAGUUUUGUGCGUUUAAAAUGGGAAAUACGAUAGGCGAAUUUACGUUUGUGUUCCCUGACGCUUCAAAUUUGCUUUUGUUGGCGUUUUGACCAUAUUUGAUAGAAGAUUAUUUUCUUAAUUUGCCUGUUUACUAUUUGUGAAAUUAAAAUAAUUGCAACUCUUUGAUAGUUCCCUGUCGCUAACUAUAUUUGUUUGUUUUUAUGUGCCAAAAAUUGCUUAAUUUUAAAUCAUUCAGGACCUGUAAAUUUUCUGUUUUUGCUCAUUUCCCAUAUCACGUUUUCCCUAAAAUUGAUUGGCUGUUUGAAUCCUAUGAUUAAACAUGAUUGGUUAGCUGAAGUCGGCGCUUUAAUGUGAUUGGUUGAAAGAAGGUAUGAUUUCAGCACGAAUCGCACUGCUAGGAGUGCGAUUCGUGCUGAAAUCGCACUCCUGUGAACCAAUCAGAUUGCAGGAAACACCACUGAAUUUCAAAAUGAAUAUAAUAAAGGCUGAACUAUAGUUUGAAACUAUAGUGAAAAUAAAUUCAGUAUAAAUGUACAGUACGUACCUUGAUGUACAGUGCCAUCAAUCAAUAUAAUUUCAUCUUCCAACACUGUCAGAGUUUAUUACAGGUAAGUCGCAUUUGAAGCCGAAGUAGCGUCUGAUAUAUACGAGGGUUGCCAAAGCGAACAAAACAAUGUUACAAAUACGAGCGCCAUAUUCCGACAAAUUGAUACAAUAUGAUGAUGUACGUUGAAUAGUUUUGUGUACAUGUGUGUUCACAGCUUAUAUCUGAAGUAUUUUCCGUAAAUUUUGAGAAUAAAUACACAAUGAACAAUGAACAAACAUUAAGCAAGAAAAUUGUAAGCACCAGCGCUAAUUGUCGUCAGCAACAUAACAUUGUUGUCGUCACUGCGAACGCGAUAAUUCUUCAAGAAUCUUGGAGAUUUCAUCUUAUUUUACCAGGGUCUUUCUCAGCUCGCGCGCCGUAACGAGGAAGACCCUAGGGACGAGGUUGUAUGACGCCGACUUCAGCCGUGUUUGCAGGAGAUUGCAUGUUUGAUAUGAUUUAUUUGCGCAUAUAGCCUAAAGGCAAACGAAAACAGCAACAAAAGAUCUUGAAACACAUUAAGGUACUGAUGAAAUAAAUAAGGAAAAAUCGGGGAAAUAGAACUGUUUAUUGUUUUGACGAACGGAUGAUUCCAGCUAAUCGACUAUUUUUUAUUUCAAUAGACAAAAAAGACAAAAUAUAUCAUUAUUGGUCAAAAGAACAGCCUAAAAUUAGUAAAAUUGCAAAGUCUAGUUACGAAAUGUUGUAAAUACGAAAAAUACAGGCCUGUAAAGUGAGUACAUUUUGAGUAUUUUAGAACUACGCGCGGAAAAAUGCAACGCUUUCGAGUCAAAACUGGUGCAUAUUAGCUCAAAAUUUGUUUAUUUUGCAUUGUUUUUGAGCGUUUUGCUUGUGUUUGUCUAUUUCUGACAGCAAUCAAGAUUCUCCGUCUCCGUAUUUCAUCAAAUCGAGAAAUUCCGCUGGCUACGAACCCUACAGUGAUAUUUGCAAAACUCAAUCUCAAAUCCAAUGGUGCAACGGAGUAGGAUGGACGUACAUCGGAGCCGUGGAUAUUUCUAAUUCCCCGGCAAGUACAAUAUAUUAACUAUACUUCCUUUAAAACGGAAACGUCAAAAACGACUGAGUCUAAAUGCCACUCUCGUGCUUUGUUUCUUCGGUCUUAUUGUUAUGACGAUUCACGUCAAAAGGUUCCUUGCGAAAUCCUGAUAGCAAAGCAAGUACAACAUAUUUGCUAUUCUUGUGUUAAAACGGUAAUUACAACCUCAAACCACUCUUACAUGCUCUGUCUUUUCGGUGUCCAUGUUAUUAUUUUCCCGAGUAGUGGCAUGCAGAAACUUACUUUUGUAAUGGUGGGGCAAAACAUACUAAAUUUUAUGCAAAUCGUUGUGAAUUUCCCUCAGGUAAAGGCGAUAAUUAAACAUGACACUUGCAUUACUGAAUUUACUUCAGGAGAAAUAAAACCUGAAUAAUUUGAGAAUGCGAGGCUUUUUGUAAUGCACACGCGCCCAUUGAAAAUUCGUCCCGGCAUAGCCUGGCAGAAAAUCCUUCGUCUAAUCUCGAAUCGUAUGGUUCUCCCGAAAUAAAGAGGCUGAAGCUCGGUCCUCAAAUGGCAAUGGCCACAAUUUCUGCCCUUAGAAGGAAGGGCAAACAAUGAAAUGGAACUGGACUAGUGACAACAAUUUGAAGGGGGUGGAACGGUCUCCAGAGGCGCACGCCUGGAAAGCUGCAAAACAGAAUAGGCUGUAAACUUGUCUGAGCACGCGCAAAAACUGCUCGGGUUUUCCGCAGGAGAAGAAUAUAUGCGUGCUUCCACUUAGUUGAUUUAAAAUCGGUGUUUUUUUGCUUUUACAAGAAAGCGUUCGCGAUAAAUUUAGUCAGCGACGACAAUUUUCCACCUGUUGCAAAACAGUGGAAAGCGAACGUUUUUGUAGGCACCCGAUAGCAAGUGCGAUGGUUAUGGUUGUUUUGUCUAUAUCAUUUCUGCUAGUUUUUCUGCCGGAUUACACCCUUUCGACAAUUACGUCACACAUACUUUUUGGUCUUGGAGCAUCGCUCUUAUCAGUAAAUCACGCAAGCUGAUUGGCUCAGGAUUCAUGAAAGCGAGGUUCCAAGGCCCUUUGACGUAAUUAUCGAAAAGGUGUAUUAAACGAUUUCAAUACUGAUUUGAUUUUUAAAAAGUGUAUUAAAACAUUUUAAAUUGUUUAAAGGAUGAUGGAGGAUAUGAAAGUGAAUUAUGGACUACAAAAGGAAUCAAUCAGACCUUAUUCAAUUCGCAAUUUUGGAGUGCCAAUGUCACUGAAGUUUGCCUAACAUCAGUGAUAUUUAAUAUUCAAAUUCCCGUGGAAGCUCCCUCAUUACGCAGCUUGUUUUUUGAAAAAAAAAUUCUGAAUAUGACGUCACAGCAAUGGGUUGACUCUAUUGCACCGCUAUGGGAUGACACUAUUUCAACCCCAAACUUUACAGCAGGAUGUUUUGAAAUUGGUUUCAACGUGGGAGAUGAAGGUGGAGCAGCACCUCGUGCUCGUUUAGGAAUUCUUUCCACACAUCGUGCAGGCACGCAUAACAAAAAUGAUAGUUUCAGAAAUCCUUAAAAUGACCCGCAACACGAUCAGUUUCGUGAGGAAUAAAACUAGCUUUUGGUGGCAAAAAAACGACAUUUGGUGGCAAAAAAGCUAAGAAUUUGAAUUAUCAGGGCAGUUGGCCUUCCUUGCAUUCUCAUUGGUCAGCAUAUUGAUUUUGAAUUAUAUGAUUUAUGGAUUGACGGCAAAUUAGUAUAACAACAUAGUUGAUGUUCGCGUGCAUAAAUAUGUCUUUGGCCCGAGUUGGACUCAUUUUGAUCCGAGCGUAGCGGGGCAUUUAAAGUGAGUACUGAGGAAGGA